UCCCUCCCUCCGACGACGACGAGCUGCGCCGACCGGGAGGGGGAAACUCGGACCGGAGAGGAAAUCGUGUUCGUCGGCUGCCAAGUCCGCACGCCGAGACGCGUCCACGACAGCGAAGGGAGCGGACGGUGCGAGGAGACGCAGCGAAGAGCCCGGUAGGAGCGAACACACGGAGGGGGACCGGCUGCCGCGCGACACAGGAGAAGAGCUCAAUUGACAACGGGGGCUUCUUUUUUUUUUUGUCUUGCUGCUUCUAAUUUAUUUUCCUAUUAUCGGCAGAGCGAGUGCUCCGCUCCGCAGCGGGCCACAUCUCGACCGAGAGCUAGCGGAAUGUAAUGCUAGCCCCCGCCAGCUAGUGGUGGCUAGCUAAUUAGCUCCGUCGGGCAUCCAGGAGUCGGGACGUGCGAUCCGCAUUAGAAUCAGGUCGCCGGUCGGCGCCGCUGCACUUUUCUUUUUUAAGGGAGAGAGGGGGGGGGGGAAGAAAAUAUCCCCCAGCUGUUCUUUCGUCCCUAAAGCCCCGGCGGUGCUCGCAAUGGUCCGCCUCGAAUAGCUCGGGUUAAGUUGGACAAUAAACCAGUGCGACAGUCUGAUCCAGUAUCGCACGUCUUGGAGGAAGCCGCGUCCUUUGUGAAUACCGAGCUGCGGACGGAACCGAGAGGGAGAGACAAAGGCACCGACAACAAAAAUACACACAUAUAUAUAUAUAUAUAUAUAUAUAUAUAUAUAUAUACAUAUAUACAUAUAAAAACAACCGACUUUUUGAUUGGCGACUGUCUGCCGUCCAAUGUUAAUGUCGACCGACGUCGCAUCCAUAAUGCUGCCCGUCAGCCGGGGGAUACUGGACCGGGAAAGGGACGUCGACCCGGCGGCCGGACCCCACGCGAGCGCGGCCGGGCUCCCGGCCGCUGUGCGGGGCAUGAAGCGAGGGGACCCGGAGCCCGACGCGCAGGCGGCCGCCGUGCUGACCGACUCGGCCGGGGCGGAGUGCAAGAGAGCCAGGAUCGACGGCACCGGCACCGUCGUCGGGGACAUCGGACAGAACAAUGAGCCGCUAAACCCCGGUUUCCAUGGAUACCCACCUCACAGUCAGGGCUCUCAGGAUUCGACAGGAGGACAGGAGGGUUUGGUAGCCCCACCCUUUGCAGCAUUCCCUCCUCCACCCCCACCUCAAAACGGACUCCCAGUGACGGAGUUCGUCCCCGGGGCCAUGUUUGGUGCUGGGGGCCAAGUUACAGCAGAGGUAGGGGUUGGCGCUAAUGGAGCCGCCACUGCCACCACCAACAAUGGCGGCAACAACGGAAAGACAGACGAGACAUCCCAGGGGGAGGCGGGGGUCCAGUGUGGAGCAGGAGGUGCAGGAGCAGGAGGCUCUGCAGGAGACCCCUCAGAGGCCAAAGGGACCCCCAAACGCCUGCAUGUCUCAAACAUCCCCUUCCGCUUCCGGGACCCAGAUCUCAGGCAGAUGUUUGGGCAAUAUGGGAAGAUUCUGGAUGUAGAGAUUAUUUUCAAUGAGAGGGGUUCAAAGGGUUUUGGCUUUGUGACGUUUGAGACCAGCGCAGAUGCAGAGAACGCCAGGGGAAAGCUCCACGGCACGUUGGUGGAAGGUCGUAAGAUUGAGGUGAAUAACGCCACCGCCAGGGUGAUGACUAACAAGAAAAUGGUCAGCCCUUACCCUAACGGAGAGGCUCUCAGCACGCUGCCUUACGCGGGGUGGAAACUCAGUCCCAUGAUGGGGGCCAUGUACGGACCAGAGCUGUACGCAGUCCCAGGGUUCCCCUACCCUUCAGCAGCAGCAGCCACAAAUGCAGCAGCAGCAGCAGCAGCGUUCCGCGGUGCCCACCUCCGGGGCCGAGGUCGGCCCGUCUACAGCGCCGUGCGUGCUGCUGUGCCUCAGCCCGCCAUCCCUGCCUACCCUGGACUAGUGUUUCAGGACUCAGUCCUUAGUCCCAGAUUGCCUCAGGGAGGCUACCCUGCUGCCGCCGCCGCCGCUGCUGCCGCCUACCGCUACGCUCAGCCCACAGCUGUAACUGGAGCAACUGCUGCGGCUGCCGCCUACAGUGACAGUUAUGGCCGGGUGUACACUACAGACCCCUACCACGCUUUAUCUCCGGCUGCUGCAGCUUAUGGAGUGGGAGCCAUGGCCAGUUUAUACCGGGCAGGAUACAGUAGGUUUGCUCCGUACUAAAACCACCAAUCACACCCAAGGAAUUUCACAUCGCUCCAAAACACUUUUUCAAGCUCUUUGUUUGGCAGGAGCUCCCCUCCAGUUUUCUGCAGGUGGACUAUAGUGGCAACUCAUGUGUUUUUUGGGGUUUUUUGUGUGUUUUUUUCGUCUUUUGUGGCAAGAGAGGUCAUUGCCACAUCAUCAACUCAAAUUCCUUUUCUGUAAACCUCUGUCGGUCGCUCACAUGGAAACAAUGAAAAAAGAAAAACUAUCAGGAGCUUCUCCCACAUGGGAAGCCGGAGCCUACUACUCUGAUCUACGUGGCACAAUUUCUGAUGGUUUUUAGAAACACUACGGGACCUGGAAGGAGAGACACUAUUGUUCCUGUGUGAUCCUCAACACUACAAAGCUUUUUCCUCUGAAUUCUCAGUGAAUCCACUGCCCUGUAAGACCUAAUCUGACCUAUAUUCACAAACUUAAGUAUACACUUUCCUCUAGUUUACAGUUUCCUUUUGUGUUGACGUGCACAGAGUGAUAGUGCUGCCACAGCACAGCGUUACAAAAAACAACAAAAAAAAAGGUACUUAUGGUUUUAAACACUACAUUGAUGUAAAGCUGCGCUCUCGCAGAAGAGACGUCCCUCCGGUUUCACAUUCUGGUAUAAUAAUGACAGAAAUAAACUCUGACCGCUCCAGACAGAAUACGUAGGAAUUAUUCUUGUUAUUUUGUAAAGCUGGAAGGAACCUGGGAGCGUCUGACAGAAACCACUGUUGUCCUGGUAACGGCAAGCUAUGAGCAGAACUACAUGGGAAAAGUCUUUUUUUUUGUCGUUUUCAACAUUUCAAAACUUCCCCCAUAUGUAAAAGGAACUACGCAAAAAAAGAAAACUCAUGUUUAAAAAAAGAAUUUUUAAAAAAGUGUGAAAAGGACAAGGAAAAAAAACAAGUGACAUUGUUUAUUCUGCAUUACCUCAAGUUUUUCUUUGGAUUCUGUUUUGCUGCCAUUGAUAAGAAGUUGCAGAGAGAUGCCAUUUCAUACAUUCAUAUAUAUAAAUAUAUAUGUGUGUGUAUAAUGUGGACGUGUUGUCCAUUACUUUCAGUGACAGAGCCAUUCAUUUAUCCUCACUGCUGGUCUCCACACAUUUCCCUUAUUACUAUAAGUAUAACACUAAGAUGGGCUGAACCCGCGUCAGGUCCGACCCUUGUGUCUGUCCAUGUCGAGGGUUCAGUGCACCCAGUGCCCUCAAAAGGUUCAACCGUGAUCUGCUCCUAGUACUCCUCCCAAAAAAAGGACCUGCUACUUUUCUGUCUACGCCCCCCGAAACCAUCGACAUUCAAGCUGUAGCAGCGAUGCAGGGGAUGAAACGGGUCGGACGGACAAAGAACCGGCGAAAAACAAAUGAACUCGAUUUAGCAGAAGCAGAUUUGAAGCGCGGGAACACAGUUUUCCACACGGGGAACUAAUCAUCUCCCAGUUAGCCAAAUGGGAAUCCCUCCUGGCCAACUGAGAUAUUUAUGCCUACAGGCUUCGGGCAGAGCUGCUGUGUGCGUGUGCGUGUGCGUGUGCGUGUGCGUGUGCGCGUGCGUCUGAUCUCAACUCGGCAGAACAGCAGAUCCCAUCAGAACAACCCAGAUUAGAAAAACAGCGAGGCAAAGUUGAAACUGAGACGUUGCAGUCAUGUGACGGGAGUCAUGAAGUAAUGAGAAGUUUCUAUUUAUAUGCGUUGAUCUCACUCGUAGUCCACGCCAUUUUGUUAUUUUAUAAGAUCCGUCAUCAUGCUCCCUGAGAGCGUUCGCUCUGAAUAAGUUUUAAAGUUCUCUUCGCCGGACUGUCUGAAGGCGUCACGCAAAGACAGCUUAUAGAUCAUGUCUCUGUCCUAUGUAUUUACACCUCCAUAUACUCUUACUAUGUUGUUAUUGAUAUUAUUUGCCUUUUUGGUUCCAAAGAUUUUACUGAAGAAAGCACAUUUUUGGUCCUGAUGUAUUUCUUAUUUUUGUCUUUGUUUUUUUUGCCUUCUACUUAAUGUUAAAUUGUUUAUCUGUGGGUCGAAGCUGUAUUCUUUUUCAGUACCGUGUUGAAACAGCAUGCAGGGAAAUGUCACCGAAGCUCCAAAAAGAGAAAACGUGUAAAAGAUCGCAUGAAUUUUGGGAAUUCUGACAUUAGAUUUGCUCCAGACACUAAUUUAUUGUCUCUUUUUUUUUAUUCAACAAAUGAACACGCUGUAGCUGCAGAGGGGGUUUGCUGCAGACAAGAGAAAUCAGAGCAGAUGGAGUCAUGAGGGAUAUGCAGACAGUCAGAGGGGAACACACGGGGACGUGCUGAAUUGCAUUUGCCGGCGAGGCUAAAUCACGGGCAAAGUAAAUGUGGGAGAAACGCUCCGCACAAUGUGGAAAGGGCCCCGCGGCCCGGCAGCGGCCACCUUUUUGAACAACGCGUGGGCGGUUAGUCGAGGGACGUUGUGAAGGUGAGAAAGCUGAGCCAUUUAUCAUUAGCUGACAGGACAACAACAACAUCCCCUGCUGUCUUUUCUUCUUUAGUUUUUCCCAGGGGGGAUACAGUGCGCUCAGGGUGGAGCGGACAGAGUGAGGAGGCCUAAUGUUGUUUUGUAUGAUUGUGAAAACUGUGUGCAGUAGGUCCAAUAAGUAUUUUCAAUGCGCAUUACCUCUUCUUUUUUAUUUUUUGUCUUAUUCUCCCUUACAAGUAUUAUAAGUGUUGCUAUGCAUGCCUUUUGUGAGAGAGGAAGGGUGUCGGUGAGAGAAUCUUUUCAUUUGUGCAUGAAUUCAAAUCAUAGUGCUGGAGGAGGAGGAGGAGGAGGAGGAGGAGGAGGAGGAGGAGGAGGGGUAGAAAGAACUUGGAUGUUAUGUAAAGCGAGGUGACCGGAGGGAAUCUCCGUAAAGGUCCAGGACGGAGUGUCUGGGUGGGGAGAGGAGGGAUGGGGCAGGGGCCUGCAGUCGCUUUAUGGAAGCUGAUUCGGUCCACUUCAAUUAUCUGGGUUAUCAGCGCGCUGUGCCUCUGCGGUCGCCGUGGUAAUCACCAGUCAUAUCAGAUGUGUAAAGUUUAAUUUGGCGUGUCCCGGACCCCUGGGGGUCGCUUAUAAUAACGGAAGCAAAUCCCAAAUUACAACGACGACGACGACAUUGGGGCCCAUGGAAUGGAACUAUAAAUCCGCCGGAAGCUUGUCUGUUAAAAAAAAUAAAAUAAUAAUGUUUCUACACAGAGACGAGGCUGGUGAAGUGGCUGCGAGGCCGCUGCAGAGAGUUAUGGUGAACCCCGCCCACAGAGAGAUGCUCUACCCCACUCGCCCAGUCAGGAAAAGCUGGUGUCGAGGGGGCGAGGGGGGUGUAAUGGUUAUUGUGCUUGGACUGUGGUGCAGCUGCAGCGACUCCUGUGGCCUGCGUCCGUGUUGUUUUCAUCUGCUCUAAUUGGAGCAAAUCUCAUUUGCGAGGCUGCAAAACGAGCGCAGAGGUGUGCUGGAACGACGCCCAGGAGAAAGUUACCCUCCGCCGCCGCCGAGCCCCGACUCCCUGCACUGUGCUCAAGUCGACCCAGUGGGAGUUUUUUUGUACAGGGAUUUAAAUACAUGGGUUUGAAUUGCAUGUGGAGGCUUUUUUUUUUUUUAAAUGUCACAUGCUCUUAAAAGCUCAUUUAUACCAAGUGAUUCUUUUCAAUAAGUGACAUGGAUUUUUCUCACAAUAAUUUGUUUUUGCCAUCCUUGUGUCUGCCUUCUGUUUAUUCUCUUCAUUAUUAUUGAAUGUAUAUAAUAAAUAAACUGUUUGGUUUUUA